GCUGAGGAGCUGUAGGGGAUUUCAGUCCAGCCUCCAGUCAUGCUAGUACAGAGUGGUUCAGUGAGUGAACACAAACAGACGGACAGCACUGAGCUGUUGUGAAGAAUGUGAUAGCAAAGAGGCUUUAUAUUUUUUACACAUUUCUUGAAUCACCGGCGCCAAAUUUUGGCGUAUUUUGGUCACUGACAUUGUGUUGAAAGAAGCCAUGGAGCCGAUAACAAAGUGGACACCAAAGCAAGUUGUCGACUGGAUGAAAGGUUUGGAUGACAGCCUACAGCAGUACGUGAGCAACUUUGAGCGGGAAAAGAUCAGCGGGGAACAGCUACUGAAGAUCACGCAUCAAGACCUGGAGGAGCUCGGCGUGGCCAGGAUCGGACACCAGGAGCUGGUGCUGGAGGCUGUAGAUCUGCUCUGCGCUCUGAACUAUGGGGUAGAGACAGACAACCUGAAGAAUCUGGUUGUGAGGAUGAGAGCCGCCACCAACAGCCUGCACAUGGCCACGUCUGAUCGCAGGAAAAGCCCUGCGUACGAUGGCAGCACCUCACGCAAGCCACCCAAUGACUUUCUUACCUCUGUGGUGGAGCUGAUCGGGGCUGCAAAGAGCCUCCUGGCUUGGCUUGACAGGACGCCUCUUACAGGGAUCAGUGACUUCACAGCCACCAAGAACAAGAUCAUUCAGCUGUGCCUGGAGCUCACCACCACAGUUCAACAGGACUGCAGUGUUUACGAGAUGGAAGAAAAGAUCCUGGAAGUUUCUAAGAUUUUGAACAGCAUCUGUGAUCAGACCGUGAGAACCACCUCAGACCCCCUGAUGAGCCAAUCCGCCUGCUUGGAGGAAGUCCAGCUGACCAAUAUCAAACCGGGCGAGGGUCUGGGUAUGUACAUCAAGUCUACCUAUGAUGGGUUACAUGUCAUCACUGGGACCACAGAACAUUCACCUGCAGACCUGACCAGGAAGAUCCAUGCUGGUGAUGAGGUGAUCCAGGUUAACCAACAGACAGUGGUGGGCUGGCAGCUGAAAAACCUAGUUGUCAAACUGAGGGAGGACCCCAAAGGUGUGGCUCUACUCCUUAAGAAGAGGCCCACAGGCACAACAGGUUUCACCCCCGCCCCUCUCAAGAACAUGCGCUGGAAGCCCCCAGUACCUCAGAACAAUUCCUCCUUGAUCAGAGCCCAGUCUCCCUGCGGCUCAGCUAACGGAUCAACCAAAAGAGAGAAACCAGCAAUCCUGGACUUGUACAUCCCCCCUCCUCCUCCAAUGCCAUACACCCCACGAGAGACGAGAACAGACUCCUUCUCCAGCAUUAGUAAAAGACCAAAAGGCUCUGAGUCACCCAACUCCUUCCUGGACCAGGAGAGCAGAAGACGCUGCACCAUCGCAGAUUAUGACAAGCUAAGCUUUGGCUGUCCCAUCGAGGCCAACGUGAUACAGCCCAGAAUGAGGGAGCACAAGCCUUCACGUGGUAAGCCCCGACCCCUCUCCAUGCCAGCAGAUACCUGUGUUGGAGUGGUAGAUCCCUACGCUAAGCCCUGGACACAGGGCAGAAAAGGUGAGGACCUCCUGUACAGAUACCUGAGCAAUGAGAGGAUCCCCACCAUAGCCGAGGAGGUCCCCUCAGUGUCUCCACCCUACAGGCCUGCAGGGGAACGACACCUCGUCAGAGUGGACCACAUCCGGGGCAGCCGCUACUACUCCAACUCAGACCUCCACAACAGCGCCACCAUCCCCUACCAGGAGGACAUGAAAAAGGCCCCCGUAGCCCCCGUCUCCAAGCGCACAACGGCAGAACGCUCACUACUGGGACCCGACUGGCACUCUAGCAGUGACUUCCUGAACCGGUAUAAUCAGCCACGUAUACGAUCCUGGUCCUUCUCUCAAGCAGCUGCUUUCCCCAUAUCUGUGUCCCCUUCUAUGGCUGCUGAUGACUACAACCCUGUCUCCCUCCGACACAAAUCCAAGAAGAAGAGUCGAGGUGGCAAUGGUACGAUGAGUAGAAGAAGAGUCUCGGUCAAAGAGCUGGGUCAGCCAGACCAUCAGGGCUGGCUAUACAGGAAGAAAGAGAGUAAAGGCUUCCUGGGGAUCAAAUGGAAGAAGUACUGGUUCGUGCUGAAGAGGACAGCACUCUACUGGUACGCAAACCAGCUGGCGGAAAAAGCCGAGGGCUACAUUGACCUCACCAACUUCAUGAUUGACAGAGCCAUAGAGUGCAAGAAGAAACAUGCGUUCAAAGCCUGCCACCCACAAGUCAUGAUGUUUUAUUUUGCUGCUGAGAGCCACGAGGAGAUGAACUUAUGGUUGAAUAAGCUCGGGCUGGCCUCCAUUCAGUAUGAGCCAGCAGAACGAAACCCUGCAGCUGAGUGUUAUAGUGAAGCCAGCGACCAUGAAGAAGCUGAAAGCACAGAGAUCCCCCCUCCGCCCUACUCUGAACAGACCCUGCAGGGUUCCAUGGUUGCGUCCGGUCCACCUGGGAGCACCCAUCAGGGAACCCUUCCUCCGCCAUACUCCUCCACAGUCCCCAGUGAAGCCAAUGGCUCACUCUCCUCUCCUGUCAGUACGAUGACAUCGCAGAGCUCCGCCUCCUCGCUCACCAAACACCGGCAGUCUUGGUUGGACCUGGUCUCCCAGGCAUCUCCUACCACCGGGGAAACAGCAGUGGUGUGCUCAGUCCAGGUACACUCACAUCAAUCUCCGCAAGAGGAGGCGGAAGAGGAAAAUGGCUCCCAGGUGCUGGAGAGCUCGGCUCCCCGGGUCUCUCUGGAAACGGGGUCUAAUGAGGAAAGCCCCGCUGCAGAGGCACAGAGGGAUGUUUCAGGUGCUGAGGAUGAAGGGUAUCAUGGGAACAGCUCAGAUGAGAUGGAGAAGCUGUAUAUCCAUCUGAAAGAGGCCAGCCUCUCACCUAUAGGAGACCGUAAACCAUCCACAAAAAGGGAAUUCAGGGCCUCCUUUGUAAAACGCUGUAAAAACCAGUCUGUCAAUGAGAAACUGCACCAUAUCAGGACACUCAACAGCACAUUGAAGUCAAAAGAGGCGGACCUACAGGCAAUAGAGCAGGUGCUGUUGGACCCGGAGCUUACCUCACACAAGUUCAGAGAAUGGAAGGAGGCCAAUGCGCCCUUGGUGCAGGAAAUCUGUGUCAAAAAUGGCCAGCAGGUGGAAUCAGAGGCCACAAAAUCUGCAGCAUCAGUCAUUGCUGCUCCGGUGGUUGAGACCAGUCUAUAAACACUCCUUAUGACUGGUUUUACUGUGUUUGGACUCAGAGGACUUCAUAUUCACACUAUGGACACACACACUGAUGUCAAUUUUUAAUUGAGACUAUUGUGCCAUAUUAGUGGACAUUAAGUGCUAUUCAACAAGUAAAUGGAUCUAUGAAGAAGAGUUUUUUUUAGUUCCUAAAUGGAAUCAGUGCAGACAUUAUAUGAUUAGCAGGUCACAUUAAAAUGUGGAAUGUGUCUUAGUAUUACUUUUACUGUUUGAUUUGUAAGAUUAGCUAAUUUUACAGAUGACUGUUUUUAUGUUGUAAUUCUGUGAGCCUGUCCGUAAUUUGUUUUAAUAUUCAGAAUGGUGGAGUACGUUGAAAUAAUGGAUCCAUUCUUUUCUGCAUGGAAACACUUGUUUUUAAAGUAUGUUUUUAUCUAUUUUGAUUUCAUCAGUAGUGAACAAGUUUUUAACUGUUUUGAGUCUCUUAUUGGUGCCAUGCACCAUCACUUUCUGUUACAUGUGUUUUACAGCAACUAUUGUGAAUCAUUGGUGUGUGUUGUUCGCUUUAGAAAUGACAUGGUCAUAUUUAUCAUGAAGGCGGUUCCAGAGUGAACACUGGAGGCUGCACUUACAGAGUAAAUGUGCAUCAUGAAUCAUGUCAAAUUUUCUUUUUAAAAGGGGAUUUUUGAUGGGUUGAAGUAAAAUUACAAAUCAUUUUCACUGCAGUGUAAGACAUUUUGAUAUGGCAGUUUUGAAAACUGUUCUACUUUACCCAGUAAUCACCUUAUUUUGAGUGUGAAAGGCUAUUAUGUCUUCUCCAAAACAAACAAUUUUUCAAAUGAAGAAUUCCAACCUAAAUGCAAAUAUGCUUUGGAGUUUUUGUUGGUAUAUGUUGUAGUCCACAAACAUUGAUGGUAACAAACAACUUAUUAUAGUCAGCAAUGGUAAUAAAAACCUAAUCACUAACUAAUAUAGGCCUAAAUAGUUUAUACAGUAUAUUGGAACUAGAGGCAGGAUGUAGAAGCACAAGCUGUAUGAUGGACAAUUCUCAGGAAAAAACUUGGAUAUUGUUCCUUAAGUUCCCCCCAUUUUACAAACAAGCCCAGCAGACCCAAACAGUGUAGUAGUUACAGAUAAGCAGAUGAUCAGGGGGUCGUCCACAUAUAGGAAUCAGGCUUUAUGUGACAGAGAGCAACAGGUUUACAAAGCUCUGGCCAAGCAGAGGCCUCUGACUGGUGGGGCCACAAACAAGCUCCAGGCACAAAGAUGUUUUUGUUCUAUGUUUUUUUUUCUUAUUUUCUGGAUAACGUUGUGCAUGUUAAAUAUUAACUCUGUAAAUAGUUGUACAUGGAUGUGUGAUGUAAAAAUUUUAUUUGAUCUCAAUUGUGGUCUGAAAGUCAGUGUGCUUGUUUGUAUACAGGGAAAUAAAGUGUUAUCUUAAGACUGAA